CUAGGGAUUAAACUAAGCUGGAUUUAGGUAGCAAAACAAAAUGUGUUCUACAAUGUGGUUUGUAUGUGCUAUCAUAUUUGUGGUCGCGGACAUCAGAACGGGAGCCCUUCAACAGCACGGAAUGAAGCCCCAGCAAUGUCAUCAAUGUACCGCGAGCAACACAACGAGCUGCGAGCUACACACUGAUUGGACAAACAUCGUAUGCCCGAACGACCGGCCGCAUUGUGGGACCAUCGCUACGGGACCACGAUUUGCGUCUUCAUUAACCUGUUCAGCAACUAAUAACACAUCGUGCUCGUUAGUAUAUUCCACUGGAACUACACUUGAGCUAACCUGUACAUGCUUGGAGAAAUUUUGCAACCUUCCAUUUGCACCGAAACUACAGACUGAACUACUCAAUUUUUCAUCUAAGUACAACGACAGCGAGAAUCUUACGGAAACUUUCUUCAAAAGGUCGAUAUUUGCUAGCUCGACCGACUUUAGUCUUUAUAAAGAGAUAACGAGUGAACUGGAAGAAGCUACUGAAUUGCCAAUGAGGAAUAGUUCACAGCUUACCACGUUUUCAAUUACAAGUACUACUUUGGUGAUCGAAAAUGUUUCAAAACAUCCGGAAGUUAUGCCUCAUCCUAUUGCACUCAAGCAAAAUCCGUCAGUUCCAUCUGACGAUGACGAAGACGAAAGUGAAGGAAGUGGUUCAUAUGAAGAACCUAGAUCACGCAACCAUGCAUCUUCAGUACCUGCAGCACCUAGUUCCUUCCUACCCGCGAAUGAAAGCAACGCUGCGUUUUUACCUAAAGUCUCCUGUUCUAUUUUGCUGUUAAUUAUAAAUAUGGUACUGUAGAAAUAAUGUGUGCAAUCUUCAGUAUAAUAAUAAAAUUGAAAACAAAAUUCGUUUAGCUUCAAUCUUUUGGGAACAAAUGGGAAUCUACAAGGGGACAUUUUUGUAGAACCUAUUAAGUUUAUUAUCACUUGGACUAUGUCAGUUCAAAUUUUUUUUCUCUCGUCAUUAUUGUUUAUUUGAAUUACUUUAUUACUCAAUCAUUAAUGUAUUUUAUUUCGAAGUAUAAUAAGAUAACUUUUGUCCCACAUCACGUUCAUUUUAUUUGUUUUAUUUAAGUGUGUUAUGUGAUACACAAAACCCACGUGCCAAACGUAGCAUUGUAAAUAUAGAUGUUUUAUUUAUCAUGCAAGAAUGUUGGAUACUAAAUUGGUGUUACGUGUUCAAGAAUAUAGGAUAAGAUACGUUUUUUCCAAAGAAUAGGAUAUAAAAUAU